CAGUUUUAUAUCUAUGAAUCGGCCAAAUAUAGAUCUUGUGCUGGUUACGCGGGUAAUCCCCUGCAUAAUGGUAACGAACUAGCAAGUUAGCAACAUAUUUGUAGGUUGUAGAAAUUUAUGAAUGGGUUUAUCAGGCAGGGAAUGAAAAAUAAAAUGAUUCAUUCCAAUUAUAAAUGGUCUCCAAUUCCAGUUGGGAUAGAAGUUUUUGGUGUCGAUCUUAAACGUCAACUGGACCAAGUCACAGUGGAAAGAAUUAAAGAAGAUGUGACGAGGCACAGAUUAGUAGUGUUUAGAAAUCAGGGUGUGGUGGAUGGAAGUCGUCAAGUUGAAAUCAGUAAAUGGUUUGGGGAAAUUGAUAAUGUUUCUUAUGCCAAACAUCCAAUGUCUCCUAACAUUGAUAUAUUUCGGGUUUCUAACGACCCAGCUCAAGGCUGCACUGGUGUGGGAAUGUCCGGGUGGCAUAUAGAUGGGACCUUUCGAAGUGAACCAUACAGUCACUCAAUAUAUCACAUGGUAUCUGUUGCUAAAUCAGGAGGUGAUACUAUGUUCAUUCCACUCACUGAAGUGGUAGAAAGUUUCAGUCCUGAACAACGAGAGUUUUUAGAUCACGUUUGGAUGUUAAGUGAUCGACGCAAUCACCUGUGCCACCCACUAAUCUACCUCCACCCUUUAACUGGCCGUCCCACUAUGUGUUUCCACCAAGGCAUGACGAGCGGGUUUGUUAGAGAUUAUGACCCAACCAGUGGGAAAUUGGAUUUAUUGAAUGAAGAGGAAAACAAAUCUGUUAUUUCUGCUAUACAAUCUGCCAUUGAAUCUGCUACUGUAUACUCCCAUAAGUGGUUGGAAACUGGAGAUUUUAUAUUGUCUGACAACCUCGCAGUUGGCCAUAGAGCUGGCAGCAUACCUUCGUCAGUAGAAACAGCAGGAUUACGAAUUCUGCAUCGAGUAACUGUGGCUGGGAAGACUUCACCUUGUAAGAAUGUGCUGCAGAAACAGGAGUGCUGUUACUAACUAUGAUUUGGACAUGAAGUAGUAUAACAUAAAUUUCAUUUAUCUCUUCGAAAACGAUAGCGAAGAUCAUGUUAUUUAUUGAACGAAAAGAAGAAAAAGUGUCAACUAGAAAGUGUUGCUGUUGCAUCCAAGGCUUUAUCAUAUUAAAAAUCCUUUCCCCC